ACAUCAGCUUCAUUUACCAUGGGUGAACCAUCCCCUGCAUUGCAUCCGUCUAUGCAAAAACCAUCUUCAUCAGCCUCUAUGUGGCCUUCCAUCAGGAGAAAAGGGCAAGAAGUCAAAAUCUUUGAUGCAACACCCUUCUAGAGGCCUUCCUGGAAGGCCCCAGGUUCCUAACUGUACUUCUUCAGGGGCAUUUGCAUCAAAUGAACCUGCUGAAGCAUCACCAUAUGAUCCAUUAAUUGGAAGGAAAGUUUGGACAAGGUGUCCUGAAGACAACCAUUUCUAUGAGGCCGUUAUAACAGACUAUAACCGAAUUGAGGGGCGACAUGCUUUGGUUUAUGAUAUAAAAAUUAGCUGAUGAACCUGCGAAUGGGUCAAUCUCAAAAGAG